UAUUCCUUCAGUACACAUUAUGCUGGAGAACCUUUGGGAAUCAAAUUCCGUGAUGGAGAGCCAUGGAAGAAGGUUUUUGGUAGAUGCUAAAGAACAGAGGUUCAGGCAAUAUGGACGGUGGGAUCGGUGUUCAGAACUAUAUCCUGACGAAGAUCUGGCCUAUACUGUUGGUGUUAGCAGUUACCAGACGGACUGGUUCUUUGCCCAU